UCUACUCUAUCUUCCGUGGUCUAAUGCCGAUAUGAAGUUUGUCCUCCUAAUCGCCGCUCUCGUAGCCCAGGCGUACACCGCUACUGAUAAGCAGAUAGCCAACACUUGUAAAUAUCCGAAGUCGUACCAACGCAACACUCGACUCGAGGACUAUUUCGGCAAGGAAUCGCUGAUCGUCUCCAUCGAGGACAAUAAAUGCUUCAAGCAGAAUAUCACCCAAGACCAGGAUGGACAGCAAGUAACAUGGGACAUCGACAGCGAGUCAUCGGAUGACCUGAAGCCACGAUAUGUUUUCGAUCGAGAAAACGAUGGAAUAUACAACGAGGUAUCACCUGACGACAGCUAUCGGCAAUACAUCAUCCCGACUCGCGUCGAUACUACCAUUUACGUAGUCAAUUGCUUCUCCAACGACACCGCAGUGAUCUGGAUCGUCGGUAUUCCCACCGAGGAAUGUGACUUGAAGUGUGCUAGAGAUUCGGUCAAAGAAGACGGCUUCGAAUUCUCCGAUGGCAUUUGUGAUGAUGAGCAAUCAUGAUGUGUAUGAUUAUUGGAAUGAAGCAUUCAUUUUUGAUG